AUGGAUGAGGCUGCUGACUAUGCCCUUGCGCUCAGCAUCGCGCUACAGGUUGCUGUAGACUCAGAACUCAUCGCAUCUCUACUGAAGGAUGAUCGACAAGUCCAAAAAGACCGAAGGAUUUCCAGGAGGUUGGCCGGUUCUCCUACGAAGGACACAGUGUUGAUUGCGGCCCUACUGCAGGUUGAAGAACAAGCCGAAAAAGACCACCUGUUGGCUGUAAGGCUAGCCGGCGGCGCCGACGUCGUACGUGAAACCAAGGGAGCUACUGCGACCGAUGGCAGUCGUCUCAACGACGAGACGUAUAACCGACUGAAGAAAUACAACACCCAAGCUGGCAAUGAUGGGAAACCGGACGGAAAACUCGACGAAAGACCGGACGAAAAGCUGGACGAAAAGACGGGCGGUUCUUCUACCUCAAAGAAGAGGAAGAUGAAGGAAUGUAUCGUCUGCCGAGAUAACUUCCCAGAAUCCGAUACCACCGACGCACCAUGCUCCCACACACUCUGCCGUCCAUGCUUCAUCACUCUCCUCAACACGACCAUGGAUGACGAAUCGCUCUUCCCCCCGAAGUGUUGUAGCAAACCUAUUCCUAUUACCGCCAAGAAUCUUUUUAUCAAUCAGUCCGUGGUCGAUAAGUUCAAAAGGAAGAAAAUCGAGUUCGAGACCGUCGACCGCACGUACUGCAGUAACCGAAACUGCUCCGUCUUUAUCCCACCUGCGUCAAUUCAGGGAAACAUGGGAACCUGCACAUCCUGUCGAAAGAAGACUUGUGUUCGAUGCAAGCGAACCGGGCAUCAAGGCCUUUGCCCUGUUGAUGAGGUCUCGCAGGAGGUGUUGAGUAUGGGAGAAAGACAGGGCUGGAAGCGAUGUGUCAAGUGCGGGCAUCUUAUUGAGCUCACAUUGGGGUGCAAUCACAUGAGUGAGUCACUUUUUACUGUCAACGAAACCUAG